UCGAGAUGGCACCUGUGAGGAGGAGGAAGCUGAUGAGGUUUUCUCUGGGCAGCUGGAAGCAGCCUCAUGGUCAGAGGUCCUGGUUCUCCUGGGGAGCUUCAGCCAUCCUGAGAUUUGUUGGAGAGAUAACACGGCCCUGCACAGGCUGGAAGUCCAGGAAGUUCCUGCAGAUCAUUGAGAAUAACUUUGAUACCAGUGGUGGAGGAGCCAAGGAGGAGAGCUGUUGGGUGUUCCUGGCUCUUGGGAGGUGCUUUAAAUCCGACUGCCAGAGCCGUGGGCUGCUGAGAGCAGAAGCUGCCUGCACGAUGCUGAGCUCAGGUCUUCCUCCCGUUCUCCUGGUGCUCUCAGUGCUGGAGCUGAGCUGGUGCCUGAGUGAUGAAGAAAAGAAGAUCAUCGUGGAUGAGCACAAUAAAUAUCGCUCCCAGGUCUCUCCUCCUGCCCAGGCUAUGAUGAAGAUGACCUGGGACACCGACCUGGAGGUUGAUGCUCAAAGGCACGCAGAGAAGUGCAAGUGGGGCCAGAACGGGGGCCCAGGCAGGUUAAACCUCUUUGCUAUACCUUCAACCCUGGAUGUAAAAUUUGCCAUUGAAGGAUGGAACAGUGAGAGGAAAUUCUUCAACCUGACGACAUCCGAGUGUGUCCCCGGGCAUUCGUGUGACAACUACGUCCAGGUGAUCUGGGCAGCAACAACCCGUGUUGGCUGUGGGAGCAAUUAUUGUGAGAAGAUCAAUGGAAUGGAAGGGGAGAACUUGCACCUGCUUGUCUGCAACUAUUAUCCCCCGAGUAAAAUAAAGGAAAACAGGGCCUACCGGGAAGGACCCUCGUGUAAACUGUGUCCCAGGGGCACAGUCUGUGUGAACAACCUGUGUGCAAAACCGGGGACAAACUCGGAUCCGCCCAAAGGAGGAGCCCCCAGUACCUGCUUGGACCUUUCACUCUUCCUCCUCCCCAGUGCCAUCCUGGUGGGCCUUCUGCUCUGAAGGGUCUUCCUCAGCUGUGCCUGCACCCCUCACCAAGGCUUUUGUCAGCGCUGGUUGUUCCACAGCCCUGGCAGGCUCAGGAGCUCCUUGGACAAUUCCCACGCUCCCUCCUUGCGCUGCCUUCUCUGCUGCAGCCCCAGAGAGCCAAGGGCAGCUGAUGCUGGGGCAGCUUUGUCCCCUUCCUGAGGAGACCUGAGGGCACGAGGGUGUUUGCCAUAAUGCUGGUGACCUUGGAUGCUUCUCCUUUUUCCUGGCUUCUGUUCCAUUUCCAGGCUCUCCCACUCACCCACAAACCCAUGUGGCCAGCAGGCCCUGCCACAGCCUGACCCUGGGGACAGCAGGGUGACUUGGGGACAGUGAGACAUGGUGGUUGGCUUUGGUGUUUGAUUCCCACAGAAAGGCUCUUUUCCCUCCCAGUGUGUUUCUUUCAGUUUUGGACAUAUUUUAUCUCUUUCCUAUCUUCUCCAAACAGAGUGGCUUUUUUGAGGAUUUGUUUCCUCCUGGUUCUGGUGUAGCUCUGGCCAGUACUCCCCAGCUGUUCUCCCCUCACCUCUUCACACUCUGCAGCCCUUGCCUCCCCCCUCUCUCUUGCUCUCUGGCACAUAUCCCAUUCCUCAGUCACUCCAAUGCCACAGAUUAAUUUUACGCCUGUGCCUGCACCUGUGCACACACAGAAGAGAAACCAUCAGAGCUGAGAGAGGCCACCAGCUCCUUCAUGUAGCUUUUCCCUGCAUGGCUUCAUUGCAUAAUUUCAGUGUAUUUAAAUUUAAAUACAGACCCUGCUUGAU